UAAACGUUUAUGCAAUUACAAUUCAUUUUCACCAAACAUUGUAAUAAAAUUUAAGAUUAGGUGCAGAGUCCCCAAACAUUUAUUCUGUGUUAAUAAUUUAUAACCUGUCAAGAGUAAUCAUUGUUUGAUGAUUUGCAUAAUUUUCUUCAUAGAAUCAUAGCUAAAGAUUUUUACAUAAGAUCAACUCAAAAUUUUAUAUAAGACUAGGAAAAGCUAGCUAGCUCAUGAUCAGAAUGGCAGAGAAACUUAGUCGUAGUUUGGAAAUUUUGGAGGUUCUAAACUCGCCUGAUUAUGAUGGCCGGAGCAAACUGAAAGCAUUUGAUGAUACAAAAGCCGGCGUAAAGGGACUUCCCGAUUCCGGGAUCACGAAACUUCCUCGAAUCUUCGUCCAUGAUCACCAAAAUAGUCGUGGUAUAGCUGAAUCAGUCAAAGUAGACAGCCAGGAGGUCAACUACUGCCGGGUUCCAACAAUUGAUUUGAAGAUGAGUCUGAUUAAUCGGCCUGAAAUCGUUAACCAAGUUCGCGAUAGUUGCGAAAACUGGGGAUUUUUCCAGGUUGUGAAUCAUGGAAUCCCUGAAAGUGUUAUGGAGGAUAUGAUUCGCGGGAUUCGCUUGUUUCACGAGCUUGAUCCUGAGACGAAAAGCGAAUACUAUAGCCGGAAUAUGUCGAGGAAGGUUUUGUAUCAUAGUAAUAUUGAUCUCUACUUCUCGAAAUCAGCCGUAUGGAAAGAUACCAUCACUUUCAAUAUGGCUCCUUCUCCUCCACAGCCUGAAGAAAUUCCCAAUAUUUGCAGGAACGCAGCUGUUGAUUAUGGAAAAUAUGUAAUGGAAUUGGGACUUGAUCUGUUAAGAUUGAUCUCAGAAGCUUUAGGAUUGGAUCCUACUUACUUGCAAGGUUUGGAUUGUGGUGAAGGUCUUGUGAUGAAGGGACAUUAUUAUCCACCUUGUCCUGAACCAGAGUUGACUUUUGGUACCGCUGACCAUACCGACAACACUUUCCUCACUAUAGUUCUUCAAGACCAAAUUGGUGGUCUUCAAGUAUUGCACAAUAAUAAUCAGUGGGUUGAUGUCCCUCCUUUGCCUGGUGCCCUGGUUGUUAACAUGGGUGACAUGCUUCAAGUACGUAUAAUCUACUGGUAUCGACAGUGUUUUUUGUUUGAAGCUGUAAGUUUCGGGAUAAAAAAUAAAAAAUUGAAAAAAAGAGAGAGAAAAGUUGUUGAAUUAUGUUUUGUUCAUCUCUGUGUUAUGCAGAUUGUGACAAAUGAUAGAUUCAAAAGUGUUCAUCACAGAGUACUUGCAAAUAAAAUUGGCCCUAGAAUUUCGGUGGCAAGUUUUUUCAGACCAAGAUAUGGUGGGGGUGUUGUGACAAGACCUUAUGGACCAAUCAAGGAGUUGUUGUCUGAAGAAAAUCCUGCAGUUUACAGAGGUACUACCAUUGAAGAAUACACUGCCCAGUUCUUGAAGGAAAGCAUGGAUGGAAAUGCUGCAUUAGCACAUUUCAAGCUCUGAAACAAUGCGGUUUAUCAAUACUCGGUACAAACUUGAGUGUUACAGAGUUUCUGAUAUCUUUUUUUGUUAAAAAAAUGUCAAGAGGUGUAAAGUCACCAUAUAUUUAAUCUUCUUAGUUGUGUUAAUAGUCCUUUUCUGUCAACAUUAACUGGUCCCUCU